UGAUUAUCGUUUGCUUCGUCUUUUAUUCGUGCCAUUGAACUUUCAGACAAAUUAUGGAUGACACAUUUGUAAUAAUUUAUAACCAAACAAAUAGCUAAUAUUAAAGCAGUUAAUGCAAUAAUAACUAAGAAAAUUUUUGGGAAAUUUAACAGCAAAUUCAAAUUAAUUAUGAUUCUCGACUCGGGAACAUCGAAUUCAGAUACAAAAAUUAAAGAUGAUCAUAAGAUAAGAAACUCCAAGCUCAAGAUGUUAUAUUUAGGCAUAAUGUGCUUUGCUACCAACUGCCUAAGCUCAAUCGUUCUGGAAGCUGGCUCACGCAGUGCAUUUCGUUCUAUUUCGCCAACAAGAUCUGUGGUUUUUAAUCAUUUAUUCCGCCGAAACUACAAUUUGAGGAUUAAGAUAAUGAUAGGUGACGUGCUUGCAGCAUUGGUAUCAACAAUAAUGCUAACGAUCGGCGACAUAUACGGAAUUCCGUAUCUUUAUUUGCCGUGGCUUGUCAACACUAUCGAAGGAAUGGCUAUUCACGAAGGACCAGCUCUUUUCGGAUUGGCAUAUACCGUGUUACCGAACGUUAAUUUGUCCACGGGAUUAUUUAUGCUUAUAACACUGCUUUUAUAUGUGGAAGAGCUGUGUAUCUGGAGAGACGUUUUUAUGAAUUUCGAACAUUGCUGGACAAAAUAUAAUAAAAAUAACAAAUUGAAGGAGGAGACAAAAUUGACAAGGACGGCAAAUAAAGAAGAAUUAUGCAACGAGGUUAAAGAAAGCCUUGACGAAAGUGUAGAAAUUAUAUCACGAAAAUCAACGACAGAUCAGCAAGAUCCAAUUCAUUUUAAUGAACUUAAUGAUCAUGAUAUUAUUGAGCUUGCAAAAACUAUGGAAAACAAUGUAUCGAUUAAAAAUUGUCAUAGCAAAAACCCGUUUACGGAGGUGACUGGUUAGAAAUAACUCAACAUUUUUUAAAUGUAAAUCUAAUCAUAAUUCUCAACUCAAAAAUAGAUUCAGAUAUAAUUUUAUCAAAGUCAGAUAUAAAAAUUAAAGAUAACGAUUAUAAAAUUAAAAACAUUCCAUAAUAAA